CUGAGUAUAUACUAGAGUCUCGGUAUAAGAUAGCCGAAUACCUUGAAUCAAGUCGGCUAUAAAAGAUGUAAGAACAUUUCCAAGCAGCAACAGUCCUCCAAGAUAGAAAGCAACCGUAAGUACCGAAACGAACACCGCAACAAGACAACGAUGAGAGUGGUGAUUCUUCUGGCGUGUCUGGUGACGCUGAGCAGCCAACAAGAAUUCCCUGGUUUUGGAAAUUCGUUUGGCAACCUCGGAAACGCGUUCGGAAAUGCCUUUAAUGCCAUUUUCACUAACUCAGCCAACCAAUUAACCAAUUCGGUUAACAGACCUGUCAAUGCACCUGUAAACCCAGCCUUUGGUUCAGGUUUCCAACGGCCACCUGGCAACGGAUUCAAUUCGCCCGGCUUUUUUGCGGCUGUACGCCCUGUACCUGUACCUGGUAGGCCUGAAACACUAACUCCAGUGAACAGACCAACAGGUAUUCCACCCAACCCGGUGAAUAGACCUACAGUUGCUCCGCUCAUUCCAGUGAGCCGACCUACCGCUGGAAGGAAACGUAGAUCGGCCACAGUAGAAACUCCAAAGCCAACAACAACCGAAACGCCAUCGAGUUAUUGGCCUGUGCCCGGUGCAGGCUGGUUCUACGGCUAAACUACUGAUAUAUUGCAACACGACUUUUGUUGGGAAACCGCUUGUUCAAAAUGCCUAUUGUGUCAUAUCCAAACUAUAUCUGUAUCUAUAUUUAGAAUCAAUACAUUAUUUUUGUUGUUUAUCAUA